AUGGGCAGCGCCAGCCCGGGCCUGAGCAACCUGCCCCCCGGCCGCCCCCUGUUGCCCCCCGACGCUGUGCUGCGGACGGGCCUCGAGAAAGGGGCGGCAGGGGCGGCUGGGGGCCGGGACUGGAGCCCCAGUCCGCCCGCCACGCCCGAGCAGGGCCUGUCUGCCUUCUACCUCUCCUACUUCGACAUGCUGUGCCCCGACGACAGCGGCUGGGCAGCCAAGGGCCCUGGGGCCGGCUCCCGGGAAGAGCCGCCCGAGGAGCCUGAGCAGUGCCCGGUCAUCGACAGUCAAGCCCCGGGGGGCGGCCUGGACUUGGUGCCUGGCGGGCUGAGCCUGGAGGAGCACUCGCUGGAGCAGGUGCAGUCCUUGGUGGUGGGGGAGGUGCUCAAGGACAUCGAGACGGCCUGCAAGCUGCUCAACAUCACAGCGGACCCGGUAGACUGGAGCCCUGGCAAUGUGCAGAAGUGGCUCCUAUGGACCGAGCACCAGUACCGGCUGCCCCCCGUGGGCAAGGCUUUCCAGGAGUUGGGAGGCAAGGAGCUGUGCGCCAUGUCAGAGGAGCAGUUCCGCCAGCGCUCGCCCCUGGGCGGGGACGUGCUGCACGCCCACCUGGACAUCUGGAAAUCAGCGGCCUGGAUGCAAGAGAGGACCUCCACCGGGCCGAUGCACUACUGCGCCUCCACCAGCGAGGAGAGCUGGACCGACGGCGAGGUGGACUCGUCCUGCUCCGGGCAGCCCAUCCACCUGUGGCAGUUCCUCAGGGAGCUGCUGCUCAAGCCGCACAGCUACGGCCGCUGCAUCCGGUGGCUCAACAAGGAGAAGGGAAUCUUCAAAAUCGAGGACUCUGCCCAGGUGGCCCGCCUGUGGGGCGUCCGCAAGAACCGGCCGGCCAUGAAUUACGACAAGCUGAGCCGCUCCAUCCGCCAGUAUUACAAGAAGGGCAUCAUCCGAAAGCCGGACAUCUCCCAGCGCCUCGUCUACCAGUUUGUGCACCCGGUCUGAGGGCUCCAGGCCAGGCCUCGCCCAGCCUCC